UUAUCGGAAGAUCGUCACGUCACGUCGUAUCGAAGACGUAAUUAAUAUCGCGGGCUGUUGACACGGCCGUCGGCACCGGGGACAGUCUUGAGUCUUGUCUGGCUAGAGCAGAGCAUUAGUCCGCUUCAGUCGACUUCAGCGAAAUCCACUUCGGUCAGCUUUAGUUGGCGCGUUGAACGGUGUACGACGAUUCUCGCGAUAAAGGAGAUUGGAGUUUCUCGCGGUCCUCUUCGUCGCUCUUCGCGGCAUUAACCGCCGCGCGCACGUGGUUGCUCGUGGCCCGCCCGCAAAAAUAAUCAGCAUAAAUGGUACCGCGUAGAGCGAAGAAGCAGGCGGCAACGGAGGUCACCGCGGUAGCUGCCGACGGCAAGGUGACACCGUCGAAAAGGAGGAAGCUCGCAAACCCGGUUACGGAAGCAGCGCAGCGACCCAAGGCGCCAGGGCUUCGGACGAGGACAAGGGCGACCAAACGCGGAGAAAACGCAGCGACCGACGAGUCCGCAAGUCCGUCGGAAAGAUCGCGUCUUCGGCUUGGAAAUGCCACGACGAAGGAGAAUGUCGAGACGGAGGGCGCACCUGGACCUAGACGAGUCGGAGUCGUCAAACGACAGCGUCAGAAGAGGCCGACGACGGCAGUAGAGAACACGGGCGAAGAGAUCGCUGGACGGAAGAUGGGAGAGAAAUCGCGUGAGAAAAAGGCGGGAACGAAGAAGCCGGCCGCGGCGAAGGUGCAAUCUCAAGUACCUGAAAAAACGGGCAUGAAGAAGCGGGCAGCCAAGGUCACAACCAAGGGUGACAAAGAUAUCAAGGAGAAAGAGACCGGUAGAUCCGCCCCCGUGAAGAGGAGCCGUCGCGUGAAUAAGCCUGUGGAGGAGGAGAGUCAGCAGCCAAUGGUGGAACAGAUUGCCACAAAGACUUUGAGGAAGCACAAAAUCAUUGAAGAAGCCCUCGAAAAAGUCGUUGUGGCCGUUGAAAAAGCCACUAAAGUCGUUAGAAAAGUCGCUGAAGCCGUGAAUAUAGAGGAAGAACCCGUGAUCAGUAAGAAAACUCGUGGUAGGGGGAAAAAGAGGGAAGCAGAUAUUGGCGAUGCACCGAAGGUGAAAGCCAAGGAAAGGUCAAAAAAGGCUUCCACAAAAUCAGAUGCUAAAGUAUUACCAAAGAAAUCGGGAACUGUGGAACAUAAUACUGAGACUACAGCAGCGACAGAAAAUAAUUCAAGAGCAAAAGACGCCAAAGCCUCAAAGAAACCUGUUUCCAGAGCAAAACAUCAUUCCAGGGCAAAAAAGGUCGACAACGCUCAAGCGGAAGAAGUAGCACUACCCGAAGCAAACAUUGAAGAAAACGGUAACACUGUUGCUGAAAUGACACAAACAGAACACAAACAAAAGAAGGGAAAUACAGGAAGUGAGGCAAACAAUGGAAAACCUGAAAUAAAGAGAGGAAAGAAGAAAGAGCAAGAAGUCAUUAUUGUAAAAGAAGAAACAAUGGAAAAUGCAAUUACCGAAGAUGAAACUGAAGACAUAAAUUUAGUGCCACAAAUAUUAAAUGACACCGUGACAAAUGAUGUUCCUUCCAUCAACAACAAUGGUUCUCUACAAGAAGCAGAAGACGCAGAGGUCAUAGAUGAGGCCAAUGGAGGUAACGUGGAAGAAGUAGUAGUAGAAGAUUUAAACCUGACUACAAGUAGAUUGUUAAUUUAUGAGACUGACUAACUGAGAGAAAGGAAAGAAAGUAUUUUGAGCAGAUAGGUGGUUAAAAAGAUGUGCAUUUAGGACUUAGAGGAACAUAUUAACAUAUUUUCUAUCUAAUUAAUAGACGCACACAGAGAGAGAACUAUACGUUUUAUUUUUAUGGAAUAAUCUGAUAUUUUAAUAUAUUUAUCACGAAAGUACUUGCGAUAUAAAUGGUUGGGCCUUAAGAUCGCUGAUUUACUACUGUAGCCAUAAUUUAAGUAUAACUUCGGUGUCUGAUGAAAAUCAUUAUUGUUCUAAGAAAGAAUAUUUAUUUUUUGGGGAAAAAGUAAAUACAUAGAGAGAAAAUUUAUAUUGUUGCCCGUAUUAUUGCAUAAGAGUUAGUAAUAAGCGAUAAUGUUACCCGAAAACUAGGUUUCGAAACAAAACAUGUUUUCUUUACGAGUGUCUUUCAUCGAGAAGAGGGUUCUACAAAAUCAGAUGUUAAAGUGUUACCAAAGAAAGUUUAAUGUCGGUUUUUUAAUAUGUAUUGACUGUUGAAAACAUAGUACUAUAAGAAAUAAUUUGAUAGAAUUUGAAAUUCCGAAUUGUGCAUACGCGCAUACACAUCGAGUAUGUAAAACAUGGAUGUGUGCGUGUCUGUUUUUUGUUCGACAUAAAGAUUUUUGUUCAACGAUAUAGUUAAAUGCUAUUUGUGUAAAUGAUAUUUGUAAAUAAAAUACAUUUAAACAACAA